AGUUAAACUCCACACAGGAAGACUGCGACUUCAUUCAAUCCGUGAACUCUUCUCUGUGUUUGACGCAGCCAUCAUGACUAACCUCAAUGAACAAUAUGAGGAGAAGGUUCGUCCCUGCAUUGACCUCAUCGACUCUCUCCGCUCUCUGGGUGUCGAGAAGGACCUGGCGCUGCCUGCCAUCGCCGUCAUAGGAGACCAAAGCUCGGGGAAGAGCUCCGUGCUGGAGGCGCUGUCAGGGGUAGCUCUGCCGAGAGGAAGCGGUAUCGUAACAAGAUGUCCACUUGAACUGAAGAUGAAGAGAAAGAAAGAAGGAGAGGGGUGGCAGGGAAAGAUAAGCUACCAGGACCACGAGGAGGAGAUACAGGCCCCCGCAGAUGUGGAGAAAAAGAUUGAAGAAGCUCAAAUUCAAAUCGCUGGGGUUGGUGUGGGAAUCAGCGAGAACAUGAUCAGUCUGGAGAUUGCCUCUCCUGAUGUUCCAGACCUGACGCUUAUUGACCUGCCUGGCAUCACUAGAGUGGCUGUACAAGGACAGCCAGUGAACAUAGGAGAGCAGAUAAAGAAACUGAUCCACAAGUUCAUCACAAAACAAGAAACUAUCUGCCUGGUGGUUCAUGCAUGCAACGUGGACCUGGCAACCACAGAGGCUUUGCAGAUGGCACAGGAGGAGGAUCCUGAAGGAGAGAGGACUCUGGGUAUCUUGACCAAGCCUGACCUGGUGGACAAAGGCACGGAGCAGAUGGUGAUUGACAUCCUCCAAAAUGAGGUCAUCCACCUGAAGAAGGGCUACAUGAUUGUGAAGUGCAGGGGUCAGCAGGAGAUCAUGGAGAAGGUGUCCCUGGCUGAAGCAAUAGAAAGAGAGAGGGCCUUCUUUGCAGACCAUACACAUUUCGGCUCUCUCUAUGACGACGGCCGAGCCACUGUUCCCAGACUGGCCGAACAACUCACACUUGAACUGGUGCAUCACAUCGAGAAAUCUCUCCCUCGACUGGAAGAGCAGAUAGAGGAAAAACUUGAACAGGCUCAGGCAGAGCUGGUGAGAUAUGGCACUGGACCCCCAUCUGAUGCAGCUGAGAGGCUCUACUUCCUCAUUGACAAAGUGACUGCAUUCACUCAGGACGCCAUCAGUCUGGCUGCAGGAGAGGAACUCAGGUGUGGAGAGAAGCUCAAUAUCUUCUCUGCACUCAGAAGAGAGUUUGACAAGUGGAGCAUCCACCUGUCCCACACAGGACACAAGUUUAACACGAGGAUUGACAGAGAGGUAGCGAUCUAUGAAGACAAAUAUCGCGGACGAGAACUGCCCGGCUUCAUCAACUACAAGACCUUUGAGGUCAUGGUCAAGGAGCAGAUCAAACAGCUGGAGGAGCCAGCUGUCAAGAAACUCAGGGAUAUUGCAGAUGCUAUUAAGAAAUUGUUCCUCCAGCUGGCCCAGUGUAGCUUCACCGGAUUUCCUAACCUCUUAAAAACAGCCAAGGCAAAGAUCGAAAACAUAAAACUAGAAAGAGAGUCCACUGCAGAGUCCAUGCUGAGAACCCAGUUCAAGAUGGAAAUGAUUGUUUACUCCCAGGACAGCACCUACAGCAACAGUUUGAGUGACAGAAAGAAAGAGGAGAGUGAGGAAGAAGAAAAACGGAAAGGUCCCAAGUUUCAUAAAGAAAGGAACUGCAUGGAUAAUCAUGCAACACUCCAGGAGUUGAUGUUACACCUUAAGUCAUAUUACAACAUUGCCAGUCAGCGUCUGGCUGACCAGGUACCGAUGGUUAUUCGUUACCAGAUGUUGCAGGAGUCUGCUGUCCAGCUGCAGAGGCAGAUGAUGCAGAUGAUACAGGAUAAGGAGAAUAUGGAGUUCUUGCUGAAGGAGGAUCUAAACAUAGGCUGCAAGAGGGCCACCCUGCAGAGUCGCAUCAAACGCCUCAUGAAGGCCCGUGCAUACCUGAUGGAGUUCUAAUGUUGGAAACAGCAUUGAUCUGCUGGGUUUACGUUCUUUUCUGAAAUACACAGCACAGCUAUAGUUUUAUAUUUCGUGCAGUAUGAUUGUUUCGUACUUUGUCCUGUGUAGAUUUUUUUAAGUCCUCAGGUUUCCUGAAACGUUUCAACCUUUUCUCUAACCUCUUCCUGCAAAACCAGUUUUCCGUCUGCAUUCACGUAACAUCAGAUUCUUCUGAUAAAACCAAACAAACAACACAUGAAAACAGUUUGAUCGGCAGUAAAAAUAAAAGCAAUGCAUUUCAUUGGGAUAUAGAGAACACAUUGGUCAGGGAUUAUGUCCAAAGGAAGUGUUUAUUAUUUGACACUUUGUUUCAUGAUUGCUUACACACUUAAUAAGAACAUGAAAUAGACCUGCCACUCAAAGGAGCAAAAAAAGCAAAAUCUCACAUGAAGUUACAUCUUGGCUGCUGCCACUGUCCUGCUGCUGAUUGGUUUGUCUCACUCAGUUUUUUCUCCACUUUAGUCAGUUAGGGAGGUCAUUUGUUGUAUUCUGAUUUUCAGUAUUAUCUCCUCAUCAACUCACCAUUUUCAAUGAAGGAACCCACAGAUUGCUUGGCGACUACAAACAAGUGUGUGGCUUCAUUUACACUCCAGGUCUUGAUGCUUUAUUCUGAUAUGUUGCCUAUAUUGCACCGGUUGAAGGAGGGUCAUAUUAUCAUAGAUGCAUGUUUAUUUAUGUCAUUUUUAAGGGUGUGUUGAUAGUGGAGUAUCUGAUCUGUCCAGUCAUGUUGUAAAUACAAAUGCACAUGUCUGAUUUAUUUGCAGAUAUGUGCAUUUUGCUGAUGCUGUCAUGGGUCAUUUCUGAAUUGUGGGAGGAAAAGAUCAGAAUGGGUCACUUGCACUGUGCAGUGUAAAUUCAGCCCAAGUCAAAUAGAUGGUCUUAUCUGUACAAGAUGUGACAUUGCUACUUUCUCACAUCCACAUGUGAUGACACAGGCAUAACUGCAACUUCCAGACAAUCCACAAGAUAGCGCUCUAACAUAAGCAAUAUAUUCAGCAUCAUUUUACAGUUGUUUUCAUUGACUGUUUUUCACAGAUCAGACUUGAACGUCAUAAAAACGGCACUUGUUCAACCUCCACAUUACUCAGUCACUUGUCAUUAUCAACUGCUUAUGUCAUGUUGAUCAAACUGUAUCUAACUGGUUCACUGUAGAAUCUUCAGACCCCCAAUAUGUGUAAAUAUCAGUGUAAAAUAAUUCAGCUUUGCCUGAAAAAACAAAACAAAAGGAUGAAUAUGUCUCUGGAAUGAUGGAGAAUCAGCUCUGAACUCACUCAAACUAAAGUACAACCUGUGAACAUAAUCUCUGCAAAGUUUGACUUUGAUCAAGUGAAGCAGAACAAAAUUAGAGAGAUUUUAGUGCAUAAAUUACAGGCGAGGACUCAUUUGCCCCAUUUUGGAAACAUCUGUGCCAUUUGUAUUUAAACCAUGUAUUAAACUACUUUCUUCACUUUUAUAUAACUGUUAAUGUUCAAUAAAACAAUUGAUGGCA